AUGCCACAGCGUGCUACCCUAACCUGCCCCCAUGUGCCACUCCUGCAGCGCAUUUCCAGUCCUGCAAUGCCGGAGCAGCAUUGCGGCCAGAGAGAGAGGACAGGAGAGGAGAGGAGAGGAGAGGAGAGGAGAGGAGAGGAGAGGAGAGUGAGGAGAGGAGAGGAGAGUGAGGAGAGGAAAGAGGAAAAAAGAGAGGAGAGGAGAGGAGAGGAUAGGAGAGUGGAAAAUAGAGGAGAGGACAAGAGAGAGGAAAAAGAGAGGAGAGGAGACGAGAAGAAAGGACGAUGCGAAGAGAGGAGGGAAAGACAAGGCAAAGAGAGCACCGGAGAGGAGAGAAAAUGA